GCGGGGCGCCCGAGCUAGGGGAGGGCCUGCGUGGGGGAGAGCAUGGCCACGUUGCGCAGGCUGCGAGAGGUGCCUCGGCACUUGCUGGUCUGCGAGAAAUCCAACUUCGGCCACGACAAGUCGCGCCACCGGCAUCUUGUGGAGACGCACUAUCACAAUUACAGGGUUUCAUUUCUGAUUCCUGAAUGUGGGAUACUGUCAAAAGAACUGAAAAACCUGGUCAUGGAAACUGGACCCUAUUACUUUGUGAAGAAUUUACCUCUCCAUGAGUUAAUUACUCAUGAGUUCAUCAAUACUUUUGUAAAGAAAGGCUCAUGCUGUGCCCUGACAUACAAUACAAAUAUUGAUGAAGACAACACUGCUGCCCUGCUGCCCAACGGGAAAUUAAUUUUAUCACUGGAUAAAGACACUUAUGAAGAAACUGGACUUCAGGGUCAUCCAUCUCAGUAUUCUGACAGAAAAAUCAUGAAAUUUAUUGUUUCCAUUGAUUUGAUGGAUUUAUCCUGUAACCUGGAUUCUAAGAAGUAUAAACGAAUAUCUUGGUCUUUCAAAGAAAAGAAGCCUUUGAAAUUUGAUUUUCUUUUGGCUUGGCAUCAUACAGGUGCAGAAGAAUCAACGAUGAUGUCAUACUUUUCCAGUUACCGAAUUCAAGAGCAUCAGCCAAAAAUAGCCGUGAGCACGAUGACAGAUCUGCAGUGCCCAGUGCUGCAGAGCAGUGAGCUUGGGGGCAAGCCCGAGGUGGCCUGCGGGGCUCGGGAGCUCCUCGAUUGGCUGGGCGCCGUCUUCAGUGACGUCGAGCUAAAUAAUGAGCCUAAUAACUUCAUAUCAACCUAUUGCUGUCCUCAGCCAAGCACAGUGGUGGCAAAAGCCUAUUUGUGUACAAUCACUGGUUUCAUACUUCCGGAGAAGAUAUGUCUCCUGUUGGAACAGCUGUGUCGCUACUUCGAUGAGCCAAAGUUAGCUCCUUGGGUUACGUUGUCGGUUCAAGGCUUUGCAGACAGCCCUGUUUCCUGGAGAGAAAAGGAACAUGGUUUUCGAAAAGGAGGAGAACAUUUAUACAACUUUGUGAUUUUUAAUAAUCAGGACUAUUGGCUUCAGAUGGCUGUGGGGGCAAAUGAUGACUGUCCACCAUAAAAAAAUACAGACUUUAAAA